AUGCUUUUGAUGGGCGGCCGUGUGGCCGCGCUGCUGCGCGAGCUGCACUUUGAAACUGCGGCCCUGGCGACGGCGAGCGGCGGGUCCCUGCAGUGGGCCUUCGACUGCAGAGCGGCGAAGGCUGCCUCCUCGGGCGGCGACGGCGGCACAGAGAACACGGUGGGCCUUAGCUCGACAGGCUACAAGGAGACCUUGACCAUCGUGGACGACAAAACGAGCCAGAAAACGGCUGAUCCGCCGCUGGCUCUGGCGCCCCCAGCGGCCACCGCCGCCCUGCCGGCCCCGCCGUUGGCGGAGGCGGCGCCGGCAGCGGCGCCGGCGCCGCAGCUGACGGCGGCGCUGGCGCCGCCAGAGGAGGGCGACGAGCAGAGCGAGGACGCGCUGGCCAAUCCGCCCGAGGAGGAGGAGGACGACGGCGAUCCGAACGAGAAGACCUUGGAGAUCCUGGAGCAGCAGGCGGCGUUCCUGGAGUGCUUCAUGGAGGAGCUCAAGGGCGACCGCCCCCUCCUGCUGUCUCAGCUCAACAACCUCUACAAGAUGAGGAGCGGCGAGGAGACCACGUCGGCGCCGCCAGGCGGCCAAUUAUGA